AUGUCGUUCCUCCCUUGGGCUGUCGGAUUCGCCGUGGUCGCUCUGAUCCUGCAGUCCGUCUUCAGAAAGAGUGGCAUCACGAGAGGUGGGGCUCCACUGAGGAAGCCUCCCAACACGCUGCCCCUUGUCGGCAACGGAAUCCUGUUCUUGCAGGCCCGGCAGAAGCUGUUCUCAUGGUUUGUCAAGUGCGAGCGCAUCUUCGGCCACGAGACCUUCGAGCUGUACGUCCCCAGCCUGCCGCCGGGCGUGGUCAUCAAUGAUCCCGCCAACCUGGACUAUGUCUUCAGGAACGAGGCAAUCUUCUCCAAAGGAGAUUUUGUCAAGAAGCCCCUGUGGGACCUUUUCGGCCACGGCAUCAUCAACUCGGAUGGCGAGCUGUGGAAGGUCCAGCGCAAGGCCGGCCUGGCCUUCCUCAACACCAAGAACCUGCAGGUACUCACUGAUGUCGCUCUGCCCCAGUAUCUGGCCCAGAGCGUCGAGUUCCUCAAGUCCAGGUCUCGAGAUGUGCGGGAGGCAGACUUGCAGUCUGUCUUCCAUGAGAUCACCACCCAGCUGAUGGGCAAGCUGGCCUACAAUAUGGAAAUGCAUGCCGACGACGACUUCACCCUUGCCUUUGACUACGCCUCAGGCGCAACGGCAGAGAGGGUGCAGAACCCGCUCUGGCGGGUCACGGAGAUCAUUUUCGGUGCGAGACUGCGCAAGUCGAUUGCCAUCGUGAAGACGUACGGUAAGCAGAUCGUAGACACUGCCAUACAGAACCGUGAACGGGGAACAAAGGACACCAGAGGCUCCUCCAACCACCCAGAGAGCGAUGAGAAGCUCGACAAAAUCUCUGGGAGCUUGAUUCAGUCGCUGCUUGAUUCCAUAGGCGACCGUGAAAUGGUCGCAGAUGCCGCACUCAACUAUCUCUCCGCAGGUCGAGACACAACUGCGCAAGCCCUGACGUGGACGUUCCACCUGCUCAUGCACCACCGCUACACGCUAGCCAAGAUCCGGCAGGAGGUCCAGCAGGCCCUCCAGAGCCAACCCGCGCAGCGUGGCGACGGCUCCGCUAUGCCCACCCUCCUCCCCGUGGACCCAACCCUCUUCACGCCGGCCUCGAUGCCCUACACCCUCGCCAUCUUCAACGAGGCGCUGCGGCUAUUCCCGCCCAUCCCGUUCGAGAUCAAGCAGGCCCAGUCGUCCACGACCCUGCCCGACGGGACCGUCCUGCCCAGUGGCUCGGUCGUGGUCUGGUGCCCCUGGGCCAUGAACCGCUCCAAGCUGACCUGGGGCGACGACGCCGACGAAUUCCGGCCCGAGAGGUGGCUGGUGGCCGCCGACAUCGAGGAGAAGGGCGCCGGCUUGCCGCUACUGAAGAUGGCGGUGACGCAGAAGAGCGCGAGCGAGUUCCCCGUCUUCAACGGCGGGCCUCGCACGUGCCUGGGCAAGAAGAUGGCCGAGCUUAUCGCCGUGCAGGUCAUCGCCACCGUAGCGUGGACUUUUGAGUUCGUGCCGGCGUACGAGGGCCGCGAGAGGGCGAGCAAGAGCAGCCUGACGCUGCCGAUGGAGGGGGGCCUGCCUGUGUUUGUCAAGGUGAGAUCUCGGGGCGGCCGGGACGGGGACGACGGUCUUGUGUCAUGA